CCUAAUAAGAUGGCCUCAGAAGUUCCAAUAGGGGCACUCAGUAAUAACAAGGGUUUAUGCAGUAACUACAGUAAUUAUCAGGGUCUCCCACCCUGUGAAAUUACCAAAUCUGGAGAGAAAAAGCAUAAACUCAAGAUCUCCAUCAUUAUAUCUCUUUGUAGCAUCAUACUUGUUGCAAUUGUGAUUGUUGCUAUCCAUUUCCAAUUGAGGAGGCAAAGGCAAAAGUUGAGAAAUUUCAAAACUGAAACAAGAGAAGAGAAAACUGGAGAUCUAUUUUCGGUAUGGAAUUAUGAUGGAGUGAUUGCAUACAAUGACAUCAUUGAAGCAACAGAAGAUUUUGAUAUCAGAUAUUGUAUUGGUACUGGAGGUUGUGGGAGUGUUUAUGUAGCAAAACUGCCUGCAGGGCAAGUCGUAGCAGUAAAGAAACUUCACUGCAGCCGGGAAACAGAAAAGAGAGCCUAUGAGAAGAGCUUCACUAAUGAGAUAUAUGUAUUAACAAGAAUACGACAUCGAAACAUUGUGAAACUUUAUGGGUUUUGCUGUCAUCCAAGGUGUAAUUUUUUAGUUUACGAAUACAUUGAGAGGGGAAGCUUAGCUUAUAUACUUGGAAAUGAAGUAGAAGCUGUGGAAUUAGAUUGGAGUAAGCGUUUAAAUGUCAUCAACGGGGUCGCUCAAGCUUUGUCUUACUUGCAUCAUGACUGCUCACCACCAUUAAUUCAUCGGGACAUAUCAAGCAAUAAUGUCUUGUUGGAUUCAGAACUUGAGCCUCGUGUCUCGGACUUCGGAACAGCUAGAUUGCUAAAUCCAGAUUCAUCCAAUCGAACUAUAAUUGCAGGCACAUAUGGGUAUAUUGCACCAGGUUAGUUACAUUUUAUUUUCUCUCUCUUAUUUUUUUCUUUAUAAUUCUA